ACCUCUGUCUCUUUCUAGGAGACUCUCUGUUCCUUCAUCAAUAAAGUGAACAUAAUAAUUACUCAUAGAGUUAAGUUUUGGUCAGAUCAUGAAUAGCUAUUAACAUCCUGAUUCCAUCUUUAUUUUAUGCCUUUCUUUUCAUCAAGACGAUAUUAGGGCAAGAAAAAUUUUUGAAGCUCCAUCCUCCAUUGUAUUCCUUAGUUAUACCAGCGGCAUGAAACCAGGAAACCACACAUUCAGUGUCUCCGAAUUCCUCCUUCUGGGCCUGUCUGAGCAGCAGGGACAGCAGCCUCUCCUCUUUGGCAUCUUCCUGAGUAUGUACCUUGUCACCCUGGUGGGGAAUGUUGUCAUCAUCCUGGCCAUUGGGUCUGAUCCGCACCUUUACACCCCCAUGUACUUUUUCCUGGCCAACUUCUCCCUCACAGACCUGUGUUUAUCAUCUACCACAGUCCCUAGGAUACUGGUGAACAUCCUGGCCCACAGGCACACCAUCACCUAUGCUGCAUGCCUCUCUCAGAUCUACUUCUUCCUUUGGUUCAUUGGUUUAGAUGUUUUCCUCCUGGCGGUGAUGGCAUAUGACCGGCUUGUGGCUAUCUGCCACCCCCUUCGCUACACCCUGGUCAUGAGUCCCAGAUGCUGUAUCCUGCUGGUGGUCAUAUCCCUAAUCCUCUCUCAUUCACACUCUCUAACCCACACCAUUCUCCUGGCUCAACUAUCCUUCUGCGCAGACAACAUCAUCCCUCACUUCUUUUGUGAACUUCUCCCCCUGUUGAAACUCUCCUGUUCCAAUACUUAUGUCAACCAAUGUGUGCUGAUAUACUGGGGAGGGGCAUUAACCAUCCUGAUCCCCUUGCUAAUCAUAAUUUCUUACAUCCGCAUUGUGGCUGCUAUUGUGAGAAUCCCAUCAGCAAGUGGGAAGUGGAAGGCCUUCUCCACUUGCGGCUCCCACCUCUCAGCUGUGUGCUUGUUCUAUGUGUCUGCCAUUGGGGUGUACUUCAUUCCCUCCACUGAUGAUUCUGCCAGCAAGGACAGGAUUGCAGCUGUGAUGUAUGCUGUGGUGACCCCCCUGCUGAACCCAUUCAUCUACAGCCUGAGAAACAAAGACAUGAAGAGUGCCCUGGGGAGACUUCUGAGCCGAAGGGCACUGUGAUCUCUGUGAGGCCAGAGGUAUCAUUUGGGGAAUUCAGGGGAAAUCAGCUUAUAGAGUUAUCUUGCUAUCUAUAGCCACUUGCUAGCUUUCUAAUCUAGAGCAAAUUAAAUAACUUCAUUGGGCCACAAUUUCCUCACCCAUAACAGGACGUAACAAACUAUUCUCUAUCAUGCAGUAAUUUGGAAAGGGUUAGAAGAAAAACUAUCUAUAUAAAUAUGUAAAUGUAUUUGUUCCAAGUCUUAUGGGUAGAUCUUCAUUACCUUCAACAAUAUUCAGUAUGUACCUCUGAAGUAAAUAUUUGCAUUGCACAGAAGAAAAAACAAACGCUCAAAAGGGUUCAAUUAUUUGCCCGAAGUUACACAGCUAAUAAGAGGCAAAGCUAGAAUUUGAACACAGAUAACUGAUUCCAAAAUGCAUACAUUUAAUAGCUACUCUAUGCCUAAAUAGAUGAAUCCACAUGUUCCUCU